GUCCUGAUGAAUGUCGUCCUGAUCCGAUCCCGUCGCUGAUCAAGAUUCAAUCCGAUCAAUCAAUCUCGCAGGUCAGGGAUGGAGCAAUUCAGGCAAAUAGGAGAAGCAGUCGGAAGCAUGAAGGCGUUAAUGGUGUUUUCCGACAACCUCCUGAAUCAGAGACAAUGCUCUCUAAUGGUAGACAUGGCGAAUUCCGCGUACAACACAAUCGCACACCUCAUCAAACACAACCUCAGAUUCGACGAAAAGAACACCAAAUGGAAGAUAAUCGAAAAUCCAUUAAAGGAGCUUCUAAGAAUAUUCAAAGAAGCAGAAUCCAUCCUCAAGCACAGCCUCGACGCCAAGAACUGGUGGGCUAAAGCCCUCGCCGUCUCCCGGAACGACGACUGCGUCGAGCUCCACGUCCACAACUUCCUGACGUACUUUCCCAUCGCCGUCGAGGCCGUCGAAUUGGCCGGACAAAUCUCCGACGACAAUGCGCAUAAGAAGAACUUGUACUCGAUAAAAUAUCGAAAAGAUUUCAAAGAUCCGAAAACUUUCCAGUCGCUAUUCGGCAAUCAUUACCUCGUCUCACUGGAUUUCUGCCGUCGGAUUGAAUCCGCCCUCGACGACGAUCGAUGGUUUCUCCUCAAGAAAAUCCGCGACAAGAAGAAAAACUCCUCGAACCGCGAUCGUCGUCUCGCGGAUUUGAUUUCGAGCUACUUAGGAUCGGGACGGACUAACGACGACGACAUGAUGUUGCCGAGCUCGAUUUUACUUAAUUCGAAGGAUUAUUCGGUGAGGAAAAGAGUCGGGAGCGGGAGCAACGACAAGGAGAUACAAUGGCUCGGCGAGAGCUUUCUAAUGCGACAAUUCAACGGCGAAUUCGAGCAAUUGAUCCCCGACAUUCGGAACGAUAUAACACUUUGUCAUCCGAACAUACUUCAGACGAUAUGCGCGUUCUCUGGCGAGGAAAAGCGCGAGUGUUUCUUGUUGAUGGAGCUAACGAGUCGAGAUCUAUCGAGCUACGUCAAGGAAACGUCGCGAAAACGAGGGCCAUUAACCCUUCCCGUCGCCGUCGAUGUAAUGCUUCAAAUCGCACGAGGAAUGGAAUAUCUUCACUCAAAAAACGUCUACCACGGCGAGCUGAAUCCGAGUAACGUUUUUGUAAAAUCGAGGGGCGAAGUGUACGUGCACGCGAAGGUUUCCGGGUUCGGCGCAUCGUCGUAUUACAGCCGUGCGAAUGCGACGAACAACAACAACGGACAGAUACCCUUUAUAUGGUACGCGCCGGAGGUGUUAGCCGAUCAAGAACAGUCAGGAGGUUUCAAAGGCAACGAGAAAUGCGAUGUGUACAGCUUCGGAAUGAUAUGUUUCGAGGUUUUGACGGGGAAAGUCCCAUUCGAAGAUGCGCAUCUACAGGGCGAUAAAAUGAGCCGUAACGUACGAGCCGGGGAGCGACCUCUGUUCCCGUUCCAUUCGCCGAAGUUCAUCACUAACUUGACGAAGAAAUGCUGGCAUAACGAUCCCGGCCAACGGCCUAAUUUCGCGUCGAUUUGUCGAAUUUUACGGCACGUGAAGCGAUUCUUGGUGAUGAACCCGGAAUGCAGCCAGCCCGACUCGCCCGCGCCAAUCCCGCCAGUCGAUUUCCAGGAGAUCGAGGCCGGGGUUUGGAGAAGCCUCGGGUCUUCGAUGAUGUCGGGGGUGACGCAAAUACCGUUUCAAAUGUUUGCAUAUAGAGUUACCGAGAGGGAAAAGGCGAAUGCGUGGGAUUGCUCCGAAUCGGGCAGCGAUGGCGACGAGAAUGCGCUGCCUGUGGCGGAGGAGCUCUUUUCACCGCCACCGGAAAGGCCCGAGAUCGCGCCGCGGAAAUUGUCGUUGCCGGGUAAUCUACCGGGAAAGGCAAAGACAAAGGCAAAGACUAGUACACAGCCAGGUUACUACAUUACAUUUCUAUCGAGAAAUCGAUCCUUUUAUUACAUGUUUCUUGUUCGACAUGGCUGUAAAAUCGGCAUAGACGCGAAAUCCCCGUGGACCACGCCCAAGGGAAGGGGACGGGGCGUAAGGUCUGUAAGACCACCGGCGGCGGGGCAAACUGCAAUGAGGAAGUCGGAAAGCCAAUUGACCUUUACGAGUUCAAGACCACGAAGAAAGUCCGGUCAUGUCUCGGAUUCGGAGUUGACGUAG